AUAUGAGGGAUACUCCGCGGCUAAUGGUAGCAAGGUACACAACAAAUAGGGAUUUAAUUCACUUUCUGUCUUCGCCGACACUCUGGGUGUCCACAAAAAGCUGCGGGAGGACAUUAUAACACGGUUUAAACAUCUCCGCUUCCCCGCUACACCGUCACCGAGGCGGGCAGCGACACCGAUAGACUCCCUCUAAUCCGGAGCAGAGGCGGAGCGGCCUGCUGCUGUAGCCGGCUCCCGGUGCAGCUCAGGCGGCCACCACUGUCACCAGAGCCCGCUGCUUCCGCUUGUUUAUUUCUCUCUCCACCAGCGGCAACGUCGGAGAUUUUAAAUGAUUUUUUUCCUUUAAUAACCACAACCCCUCCAUCACCUGCUGCCGACGCGCUGCUGUGGUUAUUUGUCGCCCAGGAGUUUGGAGCCGCCUCGAACAAUAACAAGCAUAAGGAGGCUGCUGGGGCUGCACAGCCUGGCGGAGCAGGAGCCUCGGAAGCCUCGGUGUGUCACAUAAUAAAUGCAUUGUGUGGUGCCAGCUCUGCACCGACGUGAAGACCCGGGACGAGCAUGCAUGUGGACUAUGGAUUUAUCGGGGGGGAACCACUGCAAACCGGAGCACUUUGUCGCGAAAGCCCCCGUGUGAAGAAGUGAAUUUGGGAGCUUCUGCUGCUCGAUAACCAGCUGUAAGUCACGUUAAAAGGCCAUCUGACGGAGGAAAGAGCGCCACACGAUGCUUUGUCUUACCACAACUCACGGACUGUGUGGAAACAAGCCUUGGAUGAAUUUAAAUGCAUGCUCGGCCUGCCUGUGAAUGCACUUAUUAUAAUAUUCACCAUUAAAGGCAAGCAGUACUUUUAGAGCUUGGGCAUCACAUUAAGAUAAGAUACUUUAUCGUCCUUGGAAGGAAAUCUGUCUUGGACUCCAAUGCUGUCAUAUAAAGCUGCUUUACAGUAAUAACAGAACAGGUACUGACAAUACACACACAUAGGCCACAGGCCACAUUUAACAUACACACAGGAUACAAGAAACAGUGCAAUGCACACAUACACACGCACCCAUUGGGGAUGGAUUGGAUGUGACUUCUUGGGAUGAGUAACCUGGAUUGCUCCCUGCGCAGACUGCUCUAUAUGUGGGAUUUACCGACGGGGAACUGACGCCGUUUAUAUCCAUCUAUGCUCUCUUCAAAGCCGCCAGACUCCAUUGACAAAAACAGUCAUUUUACCGCACAGAACACGGGACCGGACCGGACCGGAGCCCCGGGACAGGCAGCUGAGAUGAACCCGGUGAAUGCGACCUCUCUCUACGUGUCCGCUAGCCGGUCGGUGCUGCAGUGCGACCCCCGAGACCCCCGGGCCCUGGCGGAGCUCUGCAAGCUGCUGCCGUUUUUCCGCCAGUCCCUGUCCUGCCUGGUCUGUGGUAACCUGCUGCAGGACCCCAUCGCUCCCACCGACUCAUCAUGUCAGCAUUACGUUUGUCGAGGCUGUAAGGGCCAGAGGAUGCAGCUGAAGCCUUCCUGUAGUUGGUGUAAGGACUAUUCCCGCUUUGAGGAAAACAGGCAGCUCUCCUUGCUUGUCCACUGUUACAGGAAGCUCUGUCUCUACAUCACACAGUCUCCGCUAGCGCCGCACAUAGCCAGCGCCGCCAGCGACUCGCCAGACCUCCAGGCCAUCCUCAACGAGGGCCUGACGCUGGCCGAGAGCGAGCCGGAGGCGGAGGACGUUUCAGACUCAUUCGGCCUGUCGCAGACGGCCUCCACCUCCAGUUUAGUCCAGCAGGACGAAGCUCCGCCGGCGAAGGAGCUGAAGGUGGAGGAGCCGAGCCCCGUCAGCGUGAACGGGCUGCACGAUUGUAACGGCCUGGUCGGCUCGGACACGCUGCAACCAAUCACCAUAGAAACGGGUGGAGGCGUCGCCAAGCAGGAGAGCUUCUCGGAGGAGAUCCCGGUGUGUGUGAGCGUCACGGGGAGCGGGGAGGCGGGGCUUUGUGACAUCAGCAGUUUCGGGGACGACCUGAAACACGGCGGGGGCUCGUUGUUGCUGAGUGUUGAGGAGGUGCUCAGGACUCUGGAGACGGACUCUGACCCCGACCCCCAGCCGGGCGCCCCCCCCUCCGUACCUCAGUCCAGCCUCAACGGGCCCCACUGUCCACCCGACUCCCCCCGCCUCCUCCCCUCCCUCCCACGAGGAAACAGCCCCCGCCCCCUUCAGCCUCACCCGCAGCCCUCGCUGCAGCCCCCCCCUCAGCCCUCCACGGUCGUCCCCCACGUCCCCCCUCGCUACCACCGCAAGCGCUCUCGCUCAGAAAGUGACCGAGAGAAGGUGCAGCCCCUCCCUAUCUCCACCCUCCUACGAGGGCCCUCCCUCGGUGCCAACAGCUCCCCCCACCACCCAAACCCCGGGGCCACCACCAAACAGGAGCCUAAGUUCCCUGCAGCCACGCCUCACCCACACCUGGCCCCGGUGCCCAACGGGGGGCCCCCCAAGGUGGGCAAGACUGUGCUCGUCUCCAACAAGGCGCUGAAAAAGACUGUGGAGCACCACGGGGGCCCCAAGAAGGCUUACACCAAGGCCAGACAAGGGACCCCCAAGCCCCGCACACAACCCCGUGACAGAGUCCCCCCCCACCCCCACACCCACCCCCUGACUCACCCGCCCAGCCCCUCCAAGCCGCUGUAUAAGAAGCCCGUGGAGAAGAAGGGCUGCAAGUGUGGCCGAGCCACGCAGAACCCCUCGGUGUUGACCUGCAGGGGGCAGCGCUGCCCCUGCUACUCCAACCGCAAGGCGUGUCUGGACUGUAUCUGCCGCGGCUGCCAGAACUCCUACAUGGCCAACGGAGAGAAGAAGCUGGAGGCGUUCGCCGUGCCGGAGAAAGCUCUGGAACAGACUCGCCUCACGCUGGGCAUCAACCUCACCAGUAUCGCCGCGGCGGCGCUCCGAAGCCCGGCAACCAGCUCCCCCGGCAACACCCUGCUCAACGUCACCACGGCCACCGGGGCGCCCGUCACCGCCACCUUCUUAUCGGGGGCGGGGCACGGGGACAACCGGGGCUUCGAGGAUUCACUGGAGAUGCGGUUUGACUGCUGAGGCCCCCCCCCUCCCCCUCCCCCAACCCGUUCCUCCGGUCGGUCGCUACGCACAUUCCCCCGCCCCGCCAGCUGGGCGUUAUCCAUCCGGGCGUGCCAGGGAGCGGCGGUGGCGGAGCCAGAACAAGGCAGCUACAGUGACAGGCGAUAGCGAGGGUCACCAGCUGACGCCUCCGUCCGUCGCCCGAAACUGCACCAUGCUUGUGGUCUUGCAUACAGAAACAGAGUGAAAGAGAAGAAGAAGAAGAAGAAGAAGAAGAAGAAGAGGAGAUGUAGCGUUACUGUAUGUGCAGAGAUUUGUUUCAGUGCGGAUAGAGUUUCUUUUUGUUUUCUUCUCUACUAUGGGUAAUGUGUAGAGCAUGUCGUGUAGCUACGUCGGGGGCGUCGACCACGGUCGCACGCCGCUCUGUGUGUGUGUGUGUGUGUGUGUGUGUGUAUGUGUGUGCGCGAGCAUGCGAGUGUGUAUGUGUGAGGGGAAGAGUUUGGUUUGGAGAUGAAACUUUUAUUAGCAGGAAUGGAGACAUUAUCAUCAUCAUCAUCAUCAGAGACUGACGGUGUAAUUUAUAUAAAAGAAAGAACUUUUUGUACAUGGACGUAUCAGUUUCCAUUUAAGAGGACAUUUUAUGAUAUAUUUUAUAAGUUACAUUAAAAACCAAUGGAAGACGGUGCAGGGGAAGAGACCUGCAUUCAACCAGAAUAUUUUCACACAGGUAAACAAAAAAACAACAACAAAGGUAGAUUGUAUUUUGUCAAUUCUGCUCGAGCGCUGAAGAACAAUAACAACCUGAACAUAACGACUAUAAACACAAUACAGUAAUAAGGUUUUUUGCUACAAAGACCACAUCUAUAAUACAUUAUAAAUAGACUUAGAAUGAAUGCACUGUGUAAUUAUCCUUUUAAGCAAUUAAGCACUUAAAAAUAUUCCUAAUGCUUUAUAAACAUCCAGUCAGUUUACAUUUCCUUUGUCUGACCUGUGAAGCUAGGAAUUUAAAUGUGAAAGUAAAAAUUUUAUUUUAAUAAAUAUAGUAUUGCAUUUAACAAUUUUUUUUAAAUUCAGUUUUGACUCUUUGUAUUUUUGUAAAUUAUUUUAUUUAUUUACAUUUUUUCUUAACAAAAUAAUUAUUUCUGUAAAAACAAACGUAACUAUCCUAAUGAAUGGGUUAAUUAGCCUACUAACGAUAUGAUGACAUGCUAAUAAACAAUGUAAACAUCCAUAAACUUGAAUAAUAAAAAAUAAUUCUAAUUUGAAGAAAUAUCUUUUUUAUUUCAGCUCAUAUGGAUUCGGCCCAUGGCCCGCCAGUUACAUUUUAAAAAUAAUCCUGUCACAUUAUUAUUAUUAUUAUUAUUAUUAUUAUUAUUUUAUAAUAACUGACAUGGUCAAGUUUUAAAAUAAGUCAUAAAUUCUUGUCGCUCACGGAUGUUUUCUGCUAAGAUCAUAGUUUAUUAUAAUCCUCAUAGUUGCAAUACAUUGUAAUCCUUUUAUAAUGCAUUAAAAUAUCUAUUAUGAUGCAUUAUAAUCCUAUUGUAAUACAUUAUAAAGUGGUGUUAUGGUAACACAUUUUAAAUAUGUUUAUGUCCGUGAGCGACCGGCAGUUAUAUUUUAAAGCUUGACCCUAUAAGUCAUAAUCAAAAGCUUUAUAAUGUCAUGAUUAUUGAAUAUUUAUGAGUGCUUACAGCUAUAAUAAUACAGUGCUAUAAGUAGAUAUAAGUGUGAUUAUAAUGCAUUAUAUUUACGGGCUUUAUCUUUCACUGCAAGAACAGAGAUGUGACUUUAAAACCACCAGCCAAAUGUAGGUUUCAGUUCAAUCUGUUGAAUGUUUAAACUCUGUGAGUCACUUUCAGACACCCAAACAUACUAAAAUAUAUUAUAUAAAACAGGUAAAAUAGUGUAUUUUGGAGUCAGCCAACCAUUGUGGCUGGUGGAGGACAAAACUUGUGUCCCUGGUUUGAUGUUUGAUAUGUUAAAAAGUUGCAAGUUAACCUGUUAAAUCAUUUGUAUGUUCUUGUAUUAAGCACUUUUCCCACUUUUCCACUUAAAAAGCUGAUUUCUUGCUCGUGUUAAAAGCUCUGGUUGAUUGCAGGCCCUGCACAUUUUUAUUCACAAGUUUCUUUUGGUGUCUGGAAGCUACACACAUGCUGCUAAAAAUACCACAAAGGACACAAGAAGGAGAGCAGCAUCUGUUUUCCUCGUCCUUUGUUCUGUUUUUUUUUUUUUUUUUAAUAAGUUGCGUUAACAACAUUUGCAGUAUUUAUUGGACGUCUCCUAACAUAGUGUUGGGUGUCGGUUUCGCCCACAUCUGCCUGUCGAGUCUGUCGAUCCAGUCUGGACUGUUUCUGUCUCAAGUUAAGUUGCUGUCUCCUUCUUAGUGUUAGUCUCCAAACGUUUUUUUUGUUCUCCCUCGGGGCAUUUAAAUACCUGUAAUAUAACUGUAACAUAUUUCCACAAAAAAGAAAGAAAAUCAAAAACUUACAAAAA